AGCACUUCCAAUCGCACGCGUAUCCGUCAUUAAACCUUUUGCAUCCGUUGCAGCCGGCAGUACGCGACCGUGCCAAGUGUUCGAUUUUAAGUGGCUUUUCACAAGUGUUCUCUGCCGUUAAAAGAAAAAAAAACGAGAUGCAGCACAUCAGUAUCAAUAGUUUCAUUGUGGUGGGCCUGUUCUUUGGUACUCUUCUUUCACUGACAAACUCCGUAUCAGCACUUCGAUGCUACAAGUGUGAGAGUGAUAGCAGUUGGAGCGAUUGCUCAGCAUCUGCUCGGAUAGUGGAAUGUAGCGGCACCAGUCAGGUGUCCGUAAUGGGUCGUAACCUGUUCCUGAGCCCCCAAGCACGUCAACUCGAGCCGGCCUGCGUAUCGGUAUACGCCGAGGGUACUGUGGCUGGUAUCUCUGGACAAGCUUACGUCCGGGACUGUCUUUUCAACGACAAAGCUUUGUGCAACAUGAUUCAAGACUCGCUACCACCGGUAAUCAGGAUUAUUGAUUGCGAUCUCUGCACAACGGAUCUGUGCAAUGGUGCGGGCAGCCUUAAGGUGGCUCUCUCGAGUGUACUAAUGCUGGCCAUCGCAGUGCUGGUGUGGAAGUAACAAAAGUUACGGAAGCAAAUGUAGGGGUAAUGCAGUUGUAUUCCAUACCCUUUUACCUUUUCAACCUUAGUAUCGGUGUACUGGAUGGUAAGAGGAGCAGCUGUUACACAGUUAAAAUUGCAUUAUUUGUUACAAUAAAAAUUAACCUAGAAUUCAAUGCAAGUACAGCUCUGUGAAUUAUAGUUGACAUCGACUACACAGAUACUAAGAUUAAUGGCCAGAGUGUUGAGAGUUCAAUCGCGGAAUCUUGUUCAUUAAUUUAUCAUACAUACAUUGUUCGUAAGUGAAUAAAUAACCUUAAAAUUGUACUGUACAAUAUUUCCUAA